AUGGCUCAUGUGAGCCGCUGGAUAUGUAAUGCCGUCGAGCGUGGUGUUUUGGAAAUGGACCUAGAUUUAUGGACUACUUGUGAAGUCUUUCUGCCUUGUGCGCUCGUCACGAGCAAGACGCUGGUGAUUUCUCGAUGUGUUAAACACGGACUAAUUCUACCGGUGUUCAAGAAUCUGGUUAACUUAUCUUUUUGGGGUGGCAACAAACGAGGCUGGAAACUGCUGCCUUACCUUAUCAAGCAGUCUCCAAAGCUCAAUACUCUAAUCAUCCAGGGUCUGGAUAAUUACACAGGCGAUGUUACCAUGCAUCUGCUCAAAGUGAAGGUGUUUCAUGUUCUUGGCUAUGGAGGAACUCCUAAUGAGUUGGAACACUUGAAGAGUAUUCUUGGGGGAGUUACGGAAUGCCUCGAACUAGUGCAAGUGGAAUUUGCGCAAGGUGUUACGGUUGAUGAUCAUGGCACAAUAUUACAAACCCAUGACCCUCGUUGGAGCUGCAGCAUCCAUGUGCAAGACCGUCUACUACGUAUAGCUAGACGGUCAUCAUAA